AUCAGUUCCAUCAAUGCAUGAAACCGAAGAGAAGGAAAGGAGGAAGUCCACAUUUCUCACAUUUCAACCACACGUUGAGGAAAGAACACAACCAUCGUGGCUCUCCGAUCCCUCACCGCCAACAAGGAAGAAGAUGGCGACUGAGACCCGGAAUGAUUUGUUCGCGAAGAUUGUGAAUGCGUUCGUCCACUUGGACGAGAGGGAGGUCAUGGUGGUUGCAUCAGCAACGUUCGGGGUUCCUGGGCGUGUGCAGCAGACUGGCAAAGAGCUUGUAUCCAAGCUUCAACAAUACUGCCCACCCACAUCGGAUACACCUUUCUUAAACAUUGAGAGCGACUUAACGCCACUUCAAGAUGCUGUUCAGAGACACUUGGGACAAGAUCACAUCAUCUGCAAGCUGAUUGAUCAAUACAAGGCUUUGUUGCCUUCCACCGACCCAUUGUCUGUCGCAAUCAAGGCUUUAGAGCACUGGCACUUGCCUUCACCAAUCGCGUCAUCACAACUGAGAACCCUGCUCUUUAAGGAGGUGAAGCGGGUCAUUCCCCACUGCUUGACGCCAACCACAGGGACAGCUUGGCUUGCCAAGAUUGCACUUGAGCUGUGCAAGGCUAUCGCAGGAGCACGUGUGCCUCACGUGUCUCCUGCACUGCGCAUGCGAGUCCUGGCACGCCAUAUCAACAAGAAGGGAGCGAACUUCUUCGCCACAAUUGACACUUGUGCGUCAGAUGAGGCUGAGGAUUUACUGCAGCUUACGUUUUGUCCGUUCCGGCUCGUGACUGACAGGGACAAGGCACAUGGUUUGCGCACCAUCGUUGCCCUGUUACACUGCACCGACCAAUUGGCGGCAUUUCAGGAAGCAUCGCGGCAGCUCGUCCUUGCACUUAGUAUCAUCGUGCUGGUCCUCCACUCAGGGCACCCAUUCAACAUCCUUUUUGAUGUGGAGGCUAAAGACGCGCCCGCGUUCUGGUCUUGGAACGGGUUUGACCAGCAUGAUGACAUCAAGGUUGACCGCCUCUUGCUUGCCAUGGAUCAGUGGAUCCAAGAUGACAAGAAACGGCUUCACCUUGACGAAUGCAGGAAAUUGACUAACAUUCCCGAGCUGCGUUCUUGGUUCCCUGGCAAAGACGUGGGCGUGUUGGCCUUCAGAGCCUUUCUCGGUGGCGCAGCGUCUGUGGCGGAAGCUGUCGUGCACGCUGUCAAGCCGGCACCCUCAGCCGUGACAGCCAUGUCUUCAACUUCGACAGCCCCACCACCACCACCACCACCACCCUCCAUUGGCAAUCACCUCAUGGCGAAGCUGAGAUCUCUGCUGCAGCCAGCUGAUUUUGCGCAGGACCUCAACAGCUACACCCGUCUGCUCUUGCAAGGUUCACGCUUGAAGAUGCUUGAAACUUUCGAAGAGUGGCUGAGGCUGCCGUCAACCGCCCCUGAGCGGCGCGUGCUAUGGAUUCAGGGCACGGGCAGCAUUGCGCGAUCGGGGACUGCCGUGCAGCUGGUCAGACAAUUUGGACAUUUCGAGCAGCGUGGUGAUGAUCCAGGUGAACUGCAACCGCCACAUAUUGCUACCUACUUCUUCUGCAAGCGCGACGAGACCUGUCGCGAAAGCGUGCACAAGAUCAUCACAACCCUUGCAUUCGCGCUGGCCUCGCGGCUUCCUGCAGUGCGAGCAGAAUAUGCAUGUAUUGCCCAAGACGAGGAGCAGUGGGAGAAGUUCUUCACGCGUGUGAAGCGGGGUCCCUUGUCGGAACUCGUGACUGUGGCGCUUGCUCAUCCGCUGGAAUCAAUGCUUGGCAAGCAACGCCCGCACACGCAAAAAUAUGGCGUCAUCAUUCUAUUGGAUGCAGUGGACGAAUUGCAUGCCGACGACGCCCGAGAACUGCUGCAACUCUUGGAGCGCCUUCCAUCGGCUGUUCGCUUCGUUGUAACGUCCCCGCCAGACGGAAACACGGCAGAGUUGCUCAACAGCAUGCAUCCUCUCGCUGUCAACGCUGAUGAUCAUCUCAAGGCAAAUCUUCAGGCAACUGCCCGUGAGAAGAUUGUUCAGCUCACAAGCCUGAGCUCUUUGGACUGUGACGGCAAAGACCGAGUGGUGGACAUGAUCGUUCGCUAUGUUUCGAGGCGAGCAAACGCUGGCGAUGGCGACAAGGCGUUUGUAAUUGUCCGUGCAAUUUCCCGAGCUGUUGACGAAGCCGAGGCAGAGACGACAAGAUCGCUCACGAUGGGGGACGUGCGCCGCAUCUUGGCUGAUGAUGAGGAGAGCAAGUUGAGUCUACCCGAGCGGCAAUAUGCGCACACGCUUUCCCGCAUUCAGGCACAGCUUGAUGAAGCGGCUGGUGGGGAUACAGAGGUCAAGAACGCGUUACAAGGCGUGCUGCGUGGAACGUUGGCGGUGGUGGCCGCAAGCAAGGAGCCGCUACGUGCCAGCGACGUUCACGAGCUGUGCGGCGGUGAGCGGGUCCAGAGCAAAGCCGUCACGCGGCGCCUGCUUGAAAAGCUCUCACCUCUCUUGACGUCUGGCCACGCAUCUACAGACGUCAUACAACCACUGGACAAGAACCUCAUGUCAUUCUUGACGAACCAACGGCGAGCUGGAGCGCAUUGGGUGGACACGCGAGAGGGCGAUGCCAUCCUUGCGCAGGCGUCUAUGCGUGUGAUGAAGGAGCGAGGCCUGCUCGAAGAGCAUGGCGAUCGAAGGCUGAAGGACAUGACACAUGAUCACGAGAUGCAUGACCUUGUGGAGGGGUACGCGCUUAAGUAUGGGCAUGUGCACCUGAAGCAAUGCGUGCGUGCAUUGAAGGAGGGCAACCUGAAUGAGGCUGUGCGACAAAGCUCUUCACGUGCGCUGAGGAUGUGGACACAACCUUUCUCUGCCCACAUUCAACAUCCGGCCCACUCACAUACGACCAAGACCUCUCGUGCCCUAUUUGACUCCAAAAGCCGUCCGACGUACGCUGCAACGCCAGCGUUUGCUCGGUGGCUGCUACUGGCUCACAGAGUACCUCGACCCCAACCCUUCCACGUGCAGUUGGGGGAGCUGUCUUCCACGGUCGGUGCUCGUGGUCAUAAAGGCGGUGGUGCGCUGGGCCGUCGUUCCUCCUCAAGCACAAAACGCCCCGGUGCCCACGUUAAGACCAAACUGUCUCAUCGUGAUCACCAACGCCUGCAGCAGUUUGGGAAGCUGUUGAAGGACACAAGUGGCCUUUACAGUGAGCACUGGGCCCCGCACGAAGACGCUGCCACUGGGAUUGGUCAGUUUGUUGAGCAGAUUCCCAUCAAGUUGUCAUCAACGUCCUCGCUUCAAUCGUCUGACUUUGUCUCAACGCUGUCCAGUUUUGCUCAUGCUGACUCUCCACAAGCUCACUUGGGAGGCAUGGGUGGUUUGGGUCGGGUUCGUCCACCAUGAUCGGGUGGCUUGUGAUGUGUGUGUGUGUGUGUGUGCAAAUUGUUUUGUUUGCUGCUGUUGGGUGAUUUCGGUUCAUAGGCUGUUCAGUUGUUCGUUUGGCCAUUUGUUUGUUGCAUUGUUUGUUGACUGCUGACAUGUAUGCAUGUUACUAGAUGUUAAGACUGAAACGAAACACGCCAA